AUGCUAUUCUUUUUUAGGAGGAUUUAUGAUAUUUUGUUAAACGAUGGCUAUUUGGUGAUAUAUUAUCUCAUCGAUGAAAAACUGGCUUAUGAAAUUGACAUUGCAACGAAUCUCGGUCAAAAACAUGUAAACUCUAUAUUUUCGCAUGGCUUAAAUUGCUUAAAUACUGAUAGGAGCAAUGGGGACAGUGCAGAAUAUCUAGAUUCCGAUAAUAAUGCAGAUAAGGAAAAAAAAGAUAAAAUUCUUCAAGUUCAUGGAAAGCCAGCAGAUUGUCUAAAUACCAAUGUGGGUGAACAGAUCCUUCAGAAAGUUUCAAUAUUUUUACAUGGAGAAGAUCGCCUAGGUGCUGGUAACAAUUAUACGGAAGAGAAAAUUCAUCAUGCAAAUGAAGAUCGUUAA